AUGGACUGGGGAGCUGUGAAUCUGCCCGCCGCCCUCGAAGACGUCAGGGUCACGAGGCUCCCGCCGUCGUCCUUCUACAUCGCAGACUUUAUUUCGGAGGAAGAGGAACGAAUUCUGCUGCAAAAGAUAGCUGAUGCGCCGAAACCGCGCUGGAAGCAAUUGACUCAUCGACGUCUCCAAACAUGGCCAUCCGAUCUCGUCAUGAACAAGCUGAUUGACGCUCCCUUGCCACAGUGGCUACAGGAGCCUGUGGUCUCGCGAAUUCUCUCCUUGCCCUUCGCUGUCAGUCCUGAUUCGUCCAAUCUGUUCGCCGACAGCCCUCACAAACGGCCGAACCACGUGCUGAUCAACGAGUAUCCCCCGGGAGACGGGCCCGCCUAUCAUCCAGUCGUGUGCACUGUCAGCCUGGGAGCAAGUAUAUGCCUGAACCUCUACCAGAGUAAGGAGGACGGCGGGUUAGAUCUGAAGCCCGUAGCACGCAUUCUUCAGGAGCCCAGAAGCCUCCUCGUCACGACCGAGAGCCUCUACACCGAUUACCUGCAUGGCAUUGCCGAUAUCGAGGAGGACGUCCAGCUCUCCUCCGAGACAAUUGUGAACUGGGACCUCUUGCGAUCGAAAACGGAUUUCGCUGCCGGCCAAAACGUGCGCGCAACCCGAACAAGCCUCACAUAUCGCGAUGUAAUGCAGGUUUCGAAGCUGGGGGCCAAAUUUGGAAUGUUUGGGCAGAAAUGA